UUUGCAUUAAUAAUAUUUAGGCUCCGUCAACCCCAACAUCCUGUAAAUUAGCCGGAACACCUGAAGAUCCAUAUUCUGGAAAGUGCAAAAAUUCUGGCAUUGGAAUUUUAGGUGUGAAUGAACUUGCCCGCAUGUUUCCUACUCCACCAUCUAACACUGCUCCAUCACCAUCUGGUGUGCAAUGUGGAACCGACCUUUCAACACUAGACAGUACUGAUUGUUACCGUGAUCGUACUGAGAAUUAUUUGGAGGGUGGAUGCAGUCCAUAUUAUGAACCUGUCAAAGAUUGGUCUUUUGUUUACAAGCUACCUGUACAGUACAAGUUUAUUGGUUCUAAAAGAUAUGCUUCCUUAACUACCUUGCCAAGCCAGUUGCAACCACUUACCUUAACAUCAGAUCACAUUUACAAACCUUCUUGGACGCACACUGUGUCAUCUGCUCCUCUUCCUGCCAACACAACUUUGUCUAAUUCACAAGUUAGUCAUCCUGAUCGACUUGCGACGAAUUCCAAGUUUUAG